AUGCCUUCGGGUUGCCAGGGAACAGAUUUUGAAGCUUUGACUAUCUCGGCGUCUGAUCUAAUCUUCGAUUUGUCGCCAGUUUGAUCACAGCCAUGGUGUACAGAGCAGCUACUUUGCGAGGAUUGGCCAUCGCACAGAUAGUGUUUGGGGCUUUGAUGUUCGUCUUUGGAAUAGCAUCUAUUUUCGCCACUAUAGACUGGACUUCGUACGUUGGUUUUGGCAUCUGGGUUGGCGUUUGGGUUUUUAUCACCGGAAUUUUGGGAUACGUCGGAGCAAGAAAUGAUUUCUACCCAAACAGGUGUUUGAUUGGAUGUUUUAUGGGUUUCUCUAUCACGGGUUGUGUCUACUCAGGUACAAUGUUCAUCUGCUAUAGCAUUACUCUCGCAUACUACGCUGAAAGGAAGACAUACUGUGACAAUUAUAAGACUUAUUCUCGACGCGACUACAAAGAUUACCGUUAUGAUAACUACAAGUACUAUGAUUGCUAUGGGAGCUAUAGCCUCAGAGCUACAGCAGCAGAAAACUUGGCUGGUUUAGGCUCUUGUCUUCUUAUUUUGUCCUUGGUUGAGUUGGUAGUGGCCAUUGCGUCAUCCAUCUAUUGUUGCAAGGCAGUGUGUUGUAACUCAGCAAGAGUUGGGAACACACGAAUGACUUUUGUACAGCCUCAGCAGAGGGCACAGCCUGGUGUGGUUUUAAUGCAGACUGAAGGUGGUGUGGUGCCACAGGGUUACCCAGCAACAAGCCAGCAACCUGUGUAUGUCCUCCAGCAGCCUGCAGUGGUUGCACAGCCUGGAGUGGUUGCACAGCCUGGGAUGGUUGUACAGCCUGGGAUGGUUGCACAGCCUGGGGUGGUUGCACAGCCUGGAAUGGUUACACAGCCAGGAGUGGUUGCACAAGCUGGGAUGGUUGCACAGCCUGGGGUGGUUGCACAGCCUGGAGUGGUUACACUGCCUGGGGUAGUUUCACUGACUGGGGUGGCCGUUUAGCAACCCAAUUACUGGGCUACAUGAAUCCAUACAUUCACUACAUGAAUCAGCAGCCAU